UCUGCGCAGUAACGCUUUAUCAUGUUGAGUGGUCGGUUUCGGGGUAGCAUUAAGAGUUAUUGGAGUGUAGGGUAUGGAGCUAAAUCAUUAUCCAGUAGAGAUGUUUUAGAUCAGCAUGAGACGUUAGGUGGGUGUUUAUCUACUUUACCGAAGAAAGCGAAGGUUGUAAUAUGUGGAGGCGGAGUUAUGGGUGCUGCCGUUGCCUACCAUUUGGCGAGGCGGGGUUGGGGAGACAAGACUAUCCUUAUAGAAAAAGAAAGAGUCGGCUCCGGUAGUCGAUGGCAUGCAUCAGGACUGGUUGGAGCUUUCAAGCCUUCCUUGGCUCAAGUAAAGCUUGCUCAAUCAUCAAUUCGUUUGUUGCAAGAUUUAGAGGCGCGCGGGAGACCGACUGGGUGGAAGCAAUGUGGCUCACUUCUGCUUGCAAGAACUCGAGAUAGGAUGACAGUUUAUAGAAGAAUGAAAAGUCAGUCAGUUUCCUGGGGUAUUCAGUGUGAGCUAGUGACGCCGAAACGAUGUCAAGAGAUCUGGCCAAUGCUAAACGUAGACGAUAUACUCGGAGGACUAUGGAUACCCGGAGAUGGCGUUGGCGACCCACACCUGUUGUGCAUGUCAUUGAUGCGAGAAGCAGUAGAGAAUGGUGUGGGUGUAAUGGAGGAUUGCGCUGUAACAUCAGUCCUGUCUAAACACGACAAAGUCUGUGGCGUGGAAACUGAUCAUGGUGCUAUCGAAUGUGAAUACUUCGUCAAUUGUGCUGGAUUUUGGGCUAGACAGGUUGGUCAACUUGCGAAGCCCCAGGUGAAGGUGCCUUUGCUGCCUUGCGAACAUUACUACCUGCAUACGAAAAAAAUUGACAAUUUGGAUCCAAUGACGCCAGUGGUACGAGAUCCUGAUGGCUACAUCUACCUACGUGAACGCGACGGUUGCAUAUUGGCAGGCGGUUUCGAACCAGUCGCCAAGCCGGUGUAUGAAGAAGAAAUUGGGAGUGCAUUACAACGAUGCGUCGCAGAAGACUGGGAUCAUUUCCACAUACUCCUGCAAGAGUUGCUCAAGCGGGUUCCUAGCCUUAACCAAGCGGUGCUGCACAAACUUUGCAACGGUCUUGAAGCAUUUUCACCAGACUGCAAAUGGAUAGUCGGCGAGGCUCCUGAGAUGUUCAACUACCACGUGGCCGCGGGCAUGAAGACAGUUGGUAUUUCGGCAGCGGGCGGCGUUGCUGAAGCAACAGCGGACGAGAUAAUUGAUGGAUACACAAAAUAUGACAUGUACGAACUGGAUAUAAAUCGAUUUCUUGGCUUGCACAAUAAUAAAAGAUUUCUCAGAGAUCGCGUUAAGGAGGUACCAGGCGUACAUUAUGGUCUACCUUACCCUUUUCAUGAAUUUGAGACGGGUCGUAAUCUACGCCUGUCUCCAAUAUAUCCUACUCUACGUGAAAAGGGCGCAGUGUUUGGACAAGUUAUGGGAUAUGAAAGACCAACGUGGUUUGAACCAGUAGAAGAAGAAAAAGUUAAUCCGCAAGAACCUCGACCAUUUAAAAUUGCGUAUACGAAAACUUUUGGAAAACCACAUUGGUUCGAAACAGUACAACGAGAAUAUUGGGCAUGCAGAGAAGCUGUGGGUCUUGCGGACUACUCAUCUUUUACGAAAAUAGACAUUCAGUCACAAGGACGAGAAGUGGUGGACUUACUGCAAUACCUGUGUUCGAAUAACGUGGACGUUCCUAUCGGAAGCAUCAUACACACCGGCAUGCAGAACGAACGCGGUGGUUACGAAAAUGACUGCAGCUUGGCUAGAAUCAGCGAAAACCACUACAUGAUGAUCGCACCAACAAUUCAACAAACUCGUUGCAAAGUUUGGCUUAAACGACACUUGCCUCGAAACGGUUGCGUCACAUUGUCAGAUGUUACGUCGAUGUACACUGCCAUCUGCGUUAUGGGACCAUUUACGAGAAAUUUGUUGUCUGAAUUGACGGAUACUGAUCUCACACCAUCGAAUUUCCCCUUCUUCACAUUUAAAGAAUUAGACGUGGGUCUAGCGAAUGGUAUACGAGCGAUGAAUUUGACACAUACUGGCGAACUGGGUUACGUCUUGUAUAUACCAAAUGAGUUCGCUCUACACGUGUACAAUAGACUGAUGACUGUUGGGGAAAAAUAUGGUAUCACUCAUGUCGGGUACUACGCGUCAAGGUCAUUGCGAGUGGAGAAGUUCUUCGCGUUCUGGGGCCAGGAUCUCGACACUAUGACAACACCAUUGGAAUGUGGUCGAACGUGGCGUGUCAAAUUUGAUAAAGAUAUUCCAUUCAUUGGACGGGAGGCGUUGCUGCGUCAACGGGAGGAGGGCAUAAGAAGACAGUACGUUCAACUCCUGUUGACGGACCACGAUCACGAAAUGGAUCUUUGGUCUUGGGGCGGCGAGUCUAUUUAUAGAGAUGGCAACUACUGCGGGCAGACGACGACCACUAGUUACGGAUAUACGUUCAAGAAACAGGUCUGCUUGGGUUUCGUCCAGAACUUCGACAAGGAAGGAAAUCCUCAACCUGUUACCAAUGAAUAUGUGCUCAGUGGACAUUAUGAAAUUGAUAUUGCUGGAAUAAGAUAUGCAGCGAAAGUGAAUCUACAUUCUCCGAACCUGCCCACCAAGUAUCCGGACAAAGAAAGGGACGUCUACCAAGCGACGAGAAGACUGCACGAACCGGAAAAGUUCCUAGGACGCCAUUACCAACCAUAACUUUAUAUUUAAGUACAAUUUUUAUUUAUAAAUGUUAGAAAUGUCUAUUGUAAUUGAAUCCUAUCUGUUGUACUUCUCUUCUCGUAAAUUAAACGUCUAUAAAUCUUCAAUGUUGUUUAGGCAAAUAUUUCGUUUAAAGUUAGAACUGUGUUGUCUGCCUUUU